GGACCGUUGGAGAGCAGUGGAGGAGGGUCAGGGCUUUUACCAAAAUCCGUAACGUUCCACACUCCAUAGUGAGGGUUCUGGUGGAAGCCGCUGAUUGGUGGAAGCAGACUAAAGGAAGCAGCUGAUUGGGUGCAACAUCAGGAGCCGUAGCUGUGGACAGCGAGACGGGGACGUGGGCUGCCAUUGAGGGCGGGCUGAGGUUCAAUGGAGAACCACAUGACGGGGCACAACAAGGAGAAGCGUUAUGAGUGUGACGUGUGUGGCAUGGCCUGGCAGAGCCCGAGCAAGGUGGAGAUCCACCGGCGGGUGCACACGGGAGAACGCCCCUUCGACUGCUCAGAGUGCGGCAAGAGCUUCACCAGCUCCAGCAAACUGCUGCAGCACAACCGCGUGCACUCCAGCGAGAGGCCCUUCACCUGCUCCGACUGUGGCAAGAGCUUCAAGAUGGCGCAUCACCUGAAGAGACACCGACAAGUGCACACAGACGAGCGGCCCUUCACCUGCUCUGACUGCGGCAAGAGCUUCAAGAUGGCGCAGGUCCUGAAGAUCCACCAGAUGGCGCACACGGGCGAGAAGCCCUAUGGCUGCUCCACCUGUGGCAUGAGCUUCAAGACAGCGCAUCACCUGAAGAUGCACCGGUGGGUACACACGGGCGAGAAGCCCUAUAUCUGCUCCACCUGCGGCAAGAGCUUUGCCCAGUUGUGGGGGCUGCUAAAUCACCGGUGGGUGCACACGGGCAAGAAGCCUUAUGGCUGCUCCACCUGUGGCCAGAGCUUUGCUCGGUUGUCGGGGUUGCAGGAGCACAGACGGGUGCACAGCAGUGAGCGGCCCUUUACCUGCUCCGAUUGUGGCAAAGGCUUCAAGUCGUCGAAGGAACUGAAGAUGCACAGGCGCCUGCACACCGGGGAGCGGCCCUACACCUGCACCCAGUGCGGCAAGAGCUUCACCUGCUCCAGUCACCUGCUGGUGCACCAGCGCACCCACACCGGCGAGCGCCCCUACACCUCUAUCGGCCUCAUGCAGCAGAUCCCGGUCCCACCGUUUCACUCAGAGGCUUCCGCCUCAACUCAUCAGCUCUCGGCUCAUCGUGCUGUUCACCGCAGAAGCAGCCCGCACGCUGCUCACUCUCCGCACGCUGCUCACUCUCCGCUAGCUGCUCACUGUACAGUGCCAAAUGGCCACUACACUCUGCCCGUAUGCUGCUCCUUCAGCUUUUUAUUCUCUUCGCCGCCGUGA